UUUCGCCGACGGCUGUUAAGUUAGCUCUCAUGUUAGCUUACUAACUUACCCACAGUGUCGCAGCCGCUCGUAGUUAACGUUAGCUUAGCAGCGCGUUGUUUACUCUCUUACAAACAAACCUAACUCAGAAAUAAAGUUAUGUUCAGACGAAGACGCGAGUGUCCUGUUGACCCUGGCUGUCCCAGAUCCUCCUGUCCUCCCGUGUGGCAGUGAAAUUCAGGAGACUGACGGGUUUUAGUGUUUUGGCUAAGCUUGAGUUUGCCGCCUUCACGUGGAUGACGCGGUGGUCGACCGAUAUUUGUGUUUUCAUGGCCGAUACAGGUCACGCCGGGAGAGCGAGAUUUGAUAUCGGGGACCAAUAUUCGUACUAACCCUUGUAUGGAGGAGUUACACACGAUGCUGGAUCCAUUUGAUGGCCUAAAGGAUGAAGCUUUCCCUCCCCUCCCACCACCUCACUCCCCGGGCCAGGGAGGACAAGAGGACGGAGACCCUUUUGGAAAUGAGGAUGAAGACGGCGAGGUGUCCAAGUUGGCUGAGGUCCCUGCUGCUAAAAGAAAAGGAGUGAGGAGGCCACAGCCCAAGCUAGACUCGCACAGGCUGAUCUCAGAAAGAGGACUUCCAGCUCUGCGAACGCUGUUUGAUGAUGUCCAUUUCAAAGGCAAAGGGCACGAGGCUGAGGACCUGCGCCUGCUGAUGCAGAAGAUGGAGAACUGGGCCCACCGGUUAUACCCCAAACUGCAGUUUGAAGAUUUUAUUGACAGAGUGGAGAAGCUCGGCAACAAGAAGGAAGUGCAGACGUGUCUCAAACGGAUUCGACUGGACAUGCCACUGACGCACGAAGAUCAUAUGGGUGAAGAAGAGGCAGCUCCUGAGUCGCAAGUCUUUGAGGAUCCAGAGCCGUUUAGCAGAGCAAUCUUCCCUGAUGACGUGCAAAGGCCGGUCCACUCUACCCCGUCCAGCUGCCCCACCCUCUACCUCCCCGCUGCCCCCUCCCUGACUGAGGAGCAGCGUAAGCGCAUGGAGCUGAACAGACAGCGGGCCCUGGAGAGAAAACUCGCCCGCCAGCAGCAGCAGCAGCAAACAGAUCCUUCAGACUCCCAGACUGUUGACUCGUCCACGUCAGCAGAUGAACCCACAUCCGUCUCCUCUGCCAAUGUCUUAAACAACUCCAAAGAUCAGGAUGUGGAGGUGGAGGAUUUAGACCAGGAGUCAGCCUGCAGCAGCAGCAGCGCACAACAACCUGGCCGGCUUCCACACAAAGACUCUGAACCUUCUGAUGAAUCACCUCAGCGUGAGAAAGAGGAUGAAACCAACCUUGAACCCAGCAACGAGUGUGAGGACGGGGAUUAAGUGCAGCACACACUCGUUGAGUUCAGGAGCUGCUAACUGUACGGCCAAAAUCUUUUGGCAGUGAAUCAAAUUAGUGCACAAGUGGUAUUCUUGUAGUCUGCAGAGAGCUAAGCCAACUUUGUUUCUGAAUUCCUGUUCCCCUUGUUCCUGUCUGAAAUACGUAUAAUUAAGCACUGAUCCCACAUCUGUUUCCAUCAGUCUCUUUCAGAUUUUAUCAUUGGCUGCGUUUUAUUUGGUUUCACAAAUUUCAUUUAUUGUUGAACUGUACUAGCUGUUCCUUAAAUAGUCUGUUGAUCCUUAAUAUUAAAAACUAAACAAAUAGCUCUUCUUUUUUCAUUCAAACAA